UCUCUCACUUCCCCGAGUAAAGAGUGUGAGACAUCACAUCGAGAAUGCAAUUCCAAAUCUGUAACGUGUAAUUUUACACUAUCAGAAGGAGGGACACGUUCAAUCUCAGUCUUUAAAAAGAUGUCUGGCAACGAAGGGGUGUGUGUGUGUAAAACAAUAACAUGCAUGAUGUAUAUUAUGAUCAGAUCGUAUACGUGAUUAUAAGCAGAUUAUUCCUCUAAUCUUAUAAGUGAUUAAAAAUGGAAACCGAGCUUCGGCACAUCAGUAAUAAUAAUAAUAAGUGGUAUGACGUGAUCAGUGGAUCGAUGAGGCUCUCUCUGAGUCACCAGAUCUCACUCUGAGAGAUCUGGUGGAAAGUCAGAGUUAUAGAGUUAUAGUGCUGAGAAAAGUUUGUAAAGAAAAAAUAAAAGUGUUUUUAUAAGGUUUUCAUUUCUUUGAUUCACCCUCUUAUAUUAAUGCACUUGUUCUUACAUGUUAUCGUUCCUAUAGUAGCUGAUAAUCAAGGAUGGGGUUGUGUGAUGCGUUACCAUGACCACCUGCUAUUGUUAUGCGUGUGUACAUAAUACGGGAACGCUUUAAGUGACCAUUCCCAUAAUAGUUUAUGAUUUCUGAGGCCCUCAUUGUAUCUGCAUUAUUAUAACGUAUUGCACUGGGGAGCUGUUUACCAAACAGUCAGUAAACCCUGCUGGAAGUGUUUUUUUAUUUAUUUUAUUUUUAUUAAAAAAAAAUUUUUUUUUUGCCCCCUAUCACUUUCUGUGCGAGGGUGGAGUGAGUGUUCUCAGUCCCGUCUCGGGCUGAACCAUCACAGCUCUAUUAAAAUUGUCAUCAAGUCUGAACAUUAGAACCCAGCUUCCUUUUUUUUCAAGAACACACUAUAUGGCCAAAAGUUUGUGGACACCUGACCGUCACACCCGUACAGUAUACUCUUGUUGAACAUCCCCUUCCAGAUGUAUUUCCCCUUUGCUGUUACAAUAGAGUCCACUCUUCUGGCCAGUAAAGUUCUUCUGCAUCAACCUUAACACACUGUGUCUUCAUGGAGCUGGGUUUGUGUACAGGGGCGUUGUGAUGCUGGAACCGGUUUGGGUCUAUUAGUUCCAGUGAAGGGAAAUUGUAACGCUACAGCGUACAGAGACGUUCUAUACAGCUGUGUGGCAACAGUUCAGGGAAGAAGCACAUGUGGGUGUUAUGGUCAGGCGUCCAUAUACUUUUGGUUACAUGGUAUAUCAUGUUUAUGCUGUAAUGAAGAUUCAGUGAACUGCAGGCUGGUGACUGAUUUCAGCACCAAGGACAGCACCAGCUGAGGCCUGAGUCACUAUGAGAGGCCGAGAGAAACAAGUCUCUCUCUCCAUUUCUUUAUCUCUUUCUGUCUGACUGAUUGUCUUUCCAUCUCUCUCUUGAUCGGUCUCUGUCUCACACUCUGUGUAUGUGUGUCUCACUGUUGUCUCUAUCUCGGUCUCUCACUUUGUCAUUCUCUCUCACUUUCUUUCUGUCUGACUGCCUUUCUGUCUCUAUUGAUCUCUCUCUCUCUCUCUCUCUCUCUCUCUCUCUGGGAGUGCGUGCGUGGGGAGGACAGAGUGCGGUUCUGAGACAAAAUCUUUUCAAAAUGUUUGGUAAACAGAGCAAAUGAUGUACUGCACACAAUCAUACACAAAGAUCAAUCAUACUGUAUAAGACAGAUCUAUUACAGAGAAUCUGCAUCUAGUAAGGGACUUGUAUGACCAUGCGUAUGACAACAAGAUUGAAAUGGGGUUUUUACCAUUAGAUCAGGAGAAAGCUUUUGACCGGGUCGAACAUGUUUUUCUUUUUAACAUCCUAAAGGCUUUUGGUUUUGGUGAAAAUUGUAUCUCAAUGAUGAGGCUAUUAUACUCUGAAGCUACAUUUAUGAUAAAAGUGGCCGGUAGCUUAAGUACUGCUGUGAAGGCUCAGAGGGGUAUCAGGCAGGGCUGCCCCCUGUCGGGCCGACUUUACAGCAUAAUUAUUUAACCCCUGCUAUAUAAGCUUAGGAAAGAAUUGACGGGUCUACAAAUCGACACUCUAAACGGUCAACAACCCACCAAAUUAUCUGCAUAUGCGGAUGAUAUCACAGUCAUAUUGUGGUGUUUGUCUUUUAGAUGCUGGUGAGACAGAGACUGUGGAGGACUCUCCUCCUCCUGAGAGUUUCAGGCUGGACCACACACUAGUGUAAGCAUACCCACGGUUUCCUUUCACAACUGCGUAUCUGAGCGUGUCUUUAACACUGACCUGUGAUGUGUUUUGAUAGCACCCCUUAUUCAAGCUCCAUAAGGGAGAUGCUGAUGACAUUUGGGACCGCAACUUAUAAAGUUGGGCUUAAGGUGCACCCUAAUGAGCAGGACCCCCGUGUGCCUAUCAUGUGCUGGGGCAGCUGUUCUUACACCAUCCAGUCUAUAGGUCAGUCUGCACCCAUUUCUUACAGACUAAGAAUUCAUGUAUAAGAUUUACAAUAUUCACUGACCUGUGUUAAGGGGUAGUUAGUAAAAAUGUUGUUCUUUUUGGUAAAGAACUUUAUGAUAUGCAUUUGUUGUUUUUCUGUGCUUGUAUUUUGUACAGAGAGAUUAUUGGUAGAUGAGGAGAAGCCUUGUUUGGAAGUUUACCCUGUAGACAGGUAUGACAACCCAACUUAUUGUCAUAUCUCAGCCCAGCCAGGACUCGGUUUCCAGAGAAGCAACACCCACUUCUAACAUGGCCGCUGAGGACUACACUUCCCACACACGCAUGCGCUCACCUCCCCGGAGUUCUGAUCUCACACACCUGCAGCCAAUCACCUUGUCCACUCACCACGGCUUAUUAAGAGACUUUGGAUACAGAGACACUUUGUGAAGUAAAUGUUCAGCAGACUAGUUUCUCUGUCGUUCUCCAAGCGUUACCUGCUGUGUUUAUUCGAUAAGUGACUUUGACCUUUGCUUACGUCCCCGACCACGAUUUCUGUCUUGCCCCGUUUGUUUUGUUUGCAUGAUCGCCUGACCCUCGCUUGCUUCUUGAUUAUGGACUGUGUUCACCCCUCUGGAUUAUUCUGCCUGAACCUGCCGCCCGCUUCUGCUUCUGUAUUCCCCACGGUACGUGACACUUAUCAAGCCAGAAUGAAUUCUUCUUUCGAGGGAUGUGUGAUGAUGUAAUAAAUUCUGUAUCAGAGGUAUUGUUAGUGCUGUUAAAAUACUCGACGAAGCACUGUUUGCUUGCAGGAUGUAGUAGUUAAUUGUACACUAGAAUAAAUUCUUCCGAUGAUUUGAUUUGCUUUUCACUUGUAAUUCUAAAUAUAAAAGCAUAUAUAUAACUGUGUGUGUAUAUAUAAAUAGACUGCAUCUGUCAGAUCAUUACUCAAGCUUCUGAGCAUCAUUCGCACUCUAAAGAUAUCUAGAAGAUUGCUCAAUUAUGUGUUCGGGGUUCAUUUUGGUAGCAUUACUAUUCUGAAUCACAAAUAUCUGCAGGUAUUAUGCUAUCCUUCCUCAGUUCUAAUUCCUUCUAUAUCCUGUGAUAUUUAUCCAUAUUUUGUAUCCUAAAUAAUAAAAAAUAGAAGUGUCAUAAAACGUGCCCUUGUUUAGGAGACUAUUUGAGUUCCCUGGCUCAGUUUGGCUCUGCAUGCUGGACUGUCUCCUCUCACUCCUCUGUGCAAAAUCACUUCAUGCGACUGUUGCACUUGUUCUUGAUCCCCAGGUGGAAAGUUCCCCCUGCAUUCUGGAUAUGGACAUGUUCCACUUAGUGGUGAGUCUGGUGCUGUCCUAUUCAGCAUUGCACUGCUUAGACUCCUCAGGGCUUAGUGCGGAUACUGCACACCUGCAUCUCUUCCACUUGGUCAUUGUUGCUCACCUGGUCCAGAUCCUCCUCACCUCUGUGCCAGGUGCUGGGGAAUGGGAAGUGCUGUGUGCAUAUGUGUCUGCCUCCUAACCUGCUCCAGCUCUAUUAUAAUCACCAGGAGCUUCUGGAUCCCCUGCUUCAGGGGUGAGAAACUUCAUAACUGAGCCGAGAAAUGACAGGUUUUCUGUGAAUGCUGAUGAUGCCAUAUCAUGUGUACACAUCAUUGAUUGUUUUGUAAUGGGUUGAGUGUGUUGUGUCCAUUUGUCCUGCAGGUGGUGCUCACAUCCAGGCAUGCAACAAUGUCUCCAGUCACCUGAAACCCUUAUAAGGUGAUCAUUCUUUGUUCUUAUCUAUAGCCUUCUGAACUUUGCUUUGAAAUGGUGGUUUUAACCCCCUUACCCCGUAAGGCCGAUAUAGCGGCCUAAACGUAAACGUUAUCCCCGUGAGGCCGGUGUACUGGCAUUGCUCUGCUAUGAUUCCUUACUUAUUUAAUUAUUAUUUUUUGACCCGGAAGGUUGAUGAAGUCAUGACGUCACGACAUGAUUACAACAUUACGCUGUCAUUACAAUGAAGAUGAUCCAAGCGUGAAUAUUGGCGUAAUAGUAGAAGUUAACUAAAAAUGCCAAAGUGAAAAGCUAAUCGUGUUCCAGCUAAAGUUACACCUACAGUGAACACAG